AUGAACACUCCAUUAACGGAAUCAGGAAACCCUACUGCGAAUCUGAAAUUCUACCGAAGGAUUCUUCCUGGACUUAGACGUCUGCGACACUUGAGAUGCAUUUCUAUACGCAAUAUUUACAAUGAAUCUGUGGAAAAAAGCUGCCAGCUGUAUUUCACGAUCCAUUGCAAUCUUGACAAGAAUGCAGAUUCUGGUAAUGAAACUCUCGUAUAUACAUCUGAAACACUUCAAGAUACUGUGAACCCGGAAUGGAAUGAAUUUGGGAACCCAAUCGAUAUUUUAGAACAAGCAAAGGAGGAAAAAGUGUUCAUCCUUCGUAUCUGGAACAAUGUCGGCAAGGAACCUCAGAAAAUUAUCGAAUCCACGGUGAACGUGCAAGAUUUGGAAUACAUUUGCCCAUUGGAAGCCACCGAUCUGAGAUCAAACAACAUCGACUCUUUCCACAAGGCAGAGGGUGACUUCAUUUUGGCCAACAUGAGCACUACGGUGUUUACGAAUAUUUUCAACGCACUUCCCUUCAAUGCGAUUCUCUUCCAAAUGCAAGACGGUUAUUUCACUACCCACGAAGUCUGCUCGCUCCUCCGCGCCACGGGCACGUUGAAGACCGUGGAGUACCCUCCGAUCCCCACAACGAACCCCGUUUGUAGUCUGAUUCAGCGACUGAACUGCAGGUUGACUUCCAUUUCACGCUGA